AUGUCUUCAGAACAGCAACAAAAAGCCCAAGAACAACCAUUAGAUGGUGUUUGGUAUGAUAAGUACUCAAGUCUCUCAAGAAUCUAUAAUUAUGAAUUUGUACAUAAUUCUAUUAACUAUGGUAAAAGUUGGUAUGACUACAUUAAAGAUUCAAACUCUUUAGUAAAAUCCACUCUUACUAUGGGUGAAAAUAGUGCAAUGUAUGUUGGUGCUCCAAUUAUCAAUACUUUAGAAAAGUAUGAUAACUAUGUUAAAAAGAUCGAUGAUUUCGGAAACUCUGGUUUAGAUAUGGCUGAAAAAAAAAUUCAAGAUAUUAAAGAAACUGGUGAUAAUAUUAUUAAGAAGUUUGAUUCAUCAUGUGACGCCAUAAUCUCCACUACUGCUAACUAUACUCCAAAUAAGGUUAAUGAUUUAGCUCUAACUACAUCAAAUCUAAUUGAAAAACUUAUUGAUUCAAUUUUACCACCACCAGAAAGUGAAGAUUUAUCUAAAUUAACCGAUGAGGAUAAAUUUGAACUUGAAAAAAGAAUGAAAUUCUUAUUAAAACUUAGAAAGAGAUUAAAUGCAACAUCAAUCACUCACAUUCCAUCAAAUUCAUAUAAAACAAUUACUGGGGCUGGAACAAAAUCUCUUCAUUUAUCCAUUGAUAAACUUAAUGAUAUAGUAGUUAAAAUUCAAAACCUAACUGUCCCGGGUGAAUUGACUAGAGCAGCUAUUGAUAAUAUCUAUGCCACAUUGGAUGCAUGUGUUGCUCAAGUUGUUGGUAUUGCUGUAUAUCUUAAAAAGAUUGACCUUAGUGAAACUCUUAUUUCAUUAGGAGAAUUAUCAAAAACCAUUAAAGAAUCUAAAAUUAAUAUUUUAAAUAUCGAAGAUGGAAAUGAAAGAGUUAAUAAACUAAAAGAGGAUAUUAGCCAAUUUUUAAAGAAAGCUGCUGACACUUUAAGCAAUUUAAAUGAAACUGGUAAAGAUAAAUUAGAAACUUUGAAAAAUAAGGACUAUGUAUACUUUAAUAUGGCUGUUGGUUUACUUGAAGAUACCGUUCAAUCAUUCGUCAAUGCAUUAAAUUCAAUUUCAAAUAAAUUGAAAACUUCACCAACUUCACCAAAUGUCACCAAUGAAGAAAAUCAAAACCAAAAUCAAAAUCAAAAUGAAAGUGAAUCAUCAUCAAGUAAAACCACAACACAUAAAAAGAGAGGUAAAAAACAUCAACAAAAUCAAGAAAAUGAAGUUAACCCAACCAAUUAA